UCUCUCUCUCUCUCUCUCGCGUGGUAAUAAAAAGCGGAGACACUAGCAAGUCGCCAAAGCUCUCAGUCAUAUAAGAGAACAAAAAUCGCUCACCAGAAAGACACACAACAAAGAGAAAGGAAGAAGAAGAAGAAGAAGAAGAAGAAGAAGAAGAAGAAGAAGAAGAAGAAGAAGAAGAAGAAAAGAGAGCCCCCACCCCUUCUCUCUCUUUCUGUGUGUGAACAUGGAGGACGAGGCGUUUGCGUGGCUGAAGCUGGCGGUGAUAUGCGCGGCCGUGGCGGCCGCUGCACUGAGGAUCGCGGCGGUGCUGUGGUGGCGGCCGAGGAGGAUCGAGGACCACUUCUCGCGGCAAGGCAUAAGGGGCCCGCCGUAUCGGUUCUUCAUCGGGAACGUGAAGGAGCUGGUGGGGAUGAUGAUGAAGGCGUCGUCACAGCCCAUGGCGCCUCCCUUCUCGCACAACAUCCUCCCCAGGGUCCUCUCCUUCUACCACCACUGGAAGAAGAUUUACGGGUCAACGUUUCUGGUGUGGUUCGGACCCACGGUCCGGCUCACGGUGUCGGACCCCGAGCUGAUCAGGGAGAUCUUCACCUCCAAGCAGUCGGAAUUCUACGAGAAGAGCGAGUCGCACCCCCUCGUGAAGCAGCUCGAGGGCGACGGCCUCCUCAGCCUCCGGGGCGAGAAAUGGGCUCACCACCGCAAGAUCAUCGUCCCCACAUUCUACAUGGAGAAUCUCAAACUGCUGGUGCCGGUGGUGGCGAGUAGCGUGACGAGCAUGCUGGAGAAAUGGGAGGUAUUGAUGUCCAAAUCGGGAGAGGUCGAGAUUGAGGUCUCCGAGUGGCUCCAGAACCUGACCGAGGACAUCAUCACCAGGACAGCAUUCGGCAUCAGCUACGAAGAUGGCAAGGCCAUCUUCAGGCUCCAAGCUCGGCAGAUGGUCCUCGCGGCGGACGUCUUCCAGAAAGUCUUCAUCCCUGGCUAUAGGUUCUUGCCAACGAAGAGGAACAUAGUCUCUUGGAAGCUGGACCGCGAAAUCAAGAAGUCGCUCGUCAAGCUCAUCGACCGCCGGCGGCAACGACGCGGCGACCCUCGGGGGCGGAGCCGAAGCCGGCCCAACGACCUGCUGGGGCUGAUGAUCCAGGCGUCCAAGUUGUCGGACGCGGUCUCGGUGAACGACAUCGUGGAGGAGUGCAAGGGGUUCUUCUUCGCCGGCAAGCACUCCACGUCGAACAUGCUGACGUGGACGACAGUCCUCCUGGCGAUGCACCCACAGUGGCAGGUCCGGGCACGUGACGAGGUCCUCAGGGUGUGCGGAUCACGUGACGUCCCCACCAAGGACGACCUUGUCAAGCUCAAGACGCUGACCAUGGUGGUGAACGAAUCCCUGCGGCUGUACCCGCCGGUCGUGGCGAUGAUCCGGCGGGCUCGGGCGGACGCGGAGCUCAACGGGUACCAGAUCCCCCGCGGCACGGAGAUCCUGAUCCCGAUCCUGGCCCUCCACCACGACCAGGCCAUAUGGGGCAGCGACGCGAACGAGUUCAACCCAGGCCGGUUCGCGGACGGCGUGGCCCGGGCAGCAAAGCACCCGGGGGCGUUCAUACCCUUCGGCCUGGGCCCCCGGAACUGCAUCGGACAGAACCUGGCCCUCCUGCAGGCCAAGCUGGCCCUGGCCAUCAUAAUCCAGCGGUUCUCGUUCGUCCUCGCACCGAGCUACCGGCACGCGCCAACGGUUCUGAUGCUGCUGUACCCGCAGCAUGGGGCGCCCAUCAUAUUUAAACGGUUGGCGGAUCCCCCGGCCCCACGAGAUCAACGGUUGUGAAACGAAGCUGCUCUUUAGUAUAUGUGUUGGUAGUGUGGGGGAAUUUUUUUUUUUUUUUUUUUCAUUUUUUGGUGUUAUGUGUUGGUAGUGUGGGGGAAUUGCUGGUGGGUGGAGUGGAGUGACCAAUUUGUCCAUGAUUAAUUAGUAAUCCAUAGUGCCAUAGGGAGGAACAAAAUGAGGGUGAACAAAAUUGAAGGAAAAGGAAAUGGGAGAGGCGUUUUGAAAUUCUGACCCAAUAGUCAUGUUUUUCUUUUUUAAAUUUUAUUUUCUUCACGAAAAGGAAAAAAAGAGG